UUUUGCACAUUCCUGACAUCUGUGCUGUCCAAGUGUACGUUUGUGCACCCGUGGCCUAGAAGGGGUGAAGGGGCGGAGCUUAUCUGUUUGCCCGUCAGGGCGACUCCCACUCUGUGGCCGUCUUAUAUAAACUCCUGUUUCACAGAAAGAAUUUUCUUCUCUUGUUUUUCACCAAGCUGCCACGCCAAACAGCAGAGAUGCCCGAGUUUGAAAAGAGCACGGUCCACAUCAAGGAUCCUGAGAGGGUGGAGCAGGUCAUCUGCGGUCUGAUCAAGGGUGGUGCUUCCAAACUCCAGAUCAUCACAGACUUUGAUAUGACGUUAAGCACAUUUGCAGUCAACGGGAAGCGCGGCCUCACCUGCCACAAUGUAAUCGACAACUGCAAGCUGGUGACAGAAGAAUGUCGGCAAAAGUUGUUUCAGCUGAAGGACACGUACUACCCUAUCGAGAUAGAUCCACAUCUAACCAUGGAGGAGAAGUACCCGUUUAUGGUGGAGUGGUAUUUUAAGUCUCACACGUUACUCGUGGAGCAGCGUUUACAGAAGGACAAACUCCCUGAAGUGGUGAGAGAAUCAGACAUCAGCCUCAGGGAGGGUUAUGAACAGUUCUUUGACCGGCUGCAUCAGCACAACGUUCCCGUGUUUAUAUUCUCGGCGGGGCUGGGCGACGUGCUGGAGGAAGUUAUCAGACAGGCUGGAGUUUAUCUCCCCAACGUCAAAGUCGUCUCCAACUUCAUGGACUUCGAUGAAAACGGCAUCAUAAAAGGUUUUAAAGGUGAGCUGAUCCAUGUUUACAACAAGCACGAUGGUGCACUAAGAAAUACAGAGUACUUCAAACAGCUGAAGGACAACAGCAAUAUCAUCAUCCUCGGAGACUCACUCGGGGACCUCACCAUGGCUGACGGCGUCCCAAACGUAGAGAACAUCCUAAAGAUCGGAUUCCUUAAUGACAAGGUGGAGGAGAGUCUGGAGAAAUACAUGGACUCCUACGAUAUUGUUUUAGUGAAGGACGAGACCCUUGAAGUACCAAAUUCUAUCUUACAGAAGAUCUUAUAAGUGUUUGUGAAACUGCUUCUAGUGGCGCCCCCUGGUGAAAACAAACUCAAAUACAGAAUGGAUCUAACUGCAGCUUUGUGGUCAUUCUGCCACAAUCAGCCCUCACUCACACACAAAGCCAUACACACACCUCACCACCCAUAAAUAACGUCACUAUGUCCCUAACAAACGAACUCUUUUGAACCUUUUUUUGCGUGUUUGAACCUUUCUGUGUGUGUGUGUGUGUGUGUGUGUGUGUGGGUUUGUGUGUGUGCACAGUGGUUCUGGAUUUUAUCUUUUUUAAUACAGUCAGUGGUGUCGGAAAACCAAACCAACUGUGUAGUAAAAGAGAUAUACUAUCAGAGUUUUUUCACGUGUGUAUUAUACUUGUUAUUAUUUGCAUUAUUUUUGUUACUGUUGUUUGAUUUUAGAGUUUAAAAUUUGCAAUAAUAGCUGCAAAGAUGCACAAGACAGAGCUGGUGAAUGAGGCGAUGCCUUUUGCCGAGCAGGUCCCCCCUGACAUCAUCAGUACCCAUGCGGACGCUAUUGAUUUAACGCUGCUAAUUUUUGGUUACUGCAACAAAAGCCUGUUUGUGUAGGGGCAGCUUAUGUCGUUUUUUUCAUUUCAUUUAAUUCUCAUGUUUUUAACACUGAUUUAUCCUGGUCAUGGUCACUGUGGGUCCAGUUUCCCCUGAAUCACUAGACACAAUGCAGGACAUGUACAUAGCCUAUAGCACUGCUUGGGCAGAGUGUGGCACCUAGCUUAUGUAAUACUUGAUUUAAUUUUAAUGACAUGAUGGCUAGAUAUUUGGCUAUUAAUGUUUAGCUGCUUUAAUCCCAACUCCUAAAGUGUACAUGAUUCUAGUAUUACUAAACGUGUUGAAGAAUGCUGCUAUCAUUACAAAAUGAUGGGUUCUAGUAUGACAGUUACAGUAUGAUGUGUUGAAGUACAACACCAGUGUUCCUGAGUGUUAUUACUGUACUGGUUUAAACACACCCUGCUGAGUACAAGUGUAAGAUAAAUAUGCUGGUAAAACAAUGUACACUCUUAGCUGUAAAUGUGAAUACAGAUCAAAAGCCUUCAUUGUAUUUAAUUCAGUUUUUAUUGUCAGUGUGAAUUCUCACACUGGCUUAUUAACUGGCAAAGCUUGCAAAGAAGAACUGACUCAUUAUCCUGUGUGUAUGUAAAAACAAACAGAAAAAUCUUACAAACGGUUAAAAAACUAAACUAAAACAUUUUCAGCAAACGAUUUGGUGUCUUUUUUUAAUAAGAAAACUUGCUUAUUGCUACUUUGAAAUAUAAUAGUGGUUUUACAGCCAGAGUCUUGAUUUUACACCCUUUUUUGUUUACCUAAUGCAGUAUAACGUCAGGUUGGACCGGCUCGGCAGGUGGCGGGACCAUGUUCCUCAUUGCUAGCUUCCUCGAUGUGUGUGUGUGUGUGUGUGUGUGUGUGCGCGUGUGUUUAUAUGAUUGCCAGUUUAUUAGAUACACAAGUUUGGUUUCUAUUAAACAUAAAUCUCAUACAUUUAUAUAUAAACGUUCAUUUUCUGAUUCCACAAUCUUUAGAGUUAUAAUUACCAGCUAUCAGUGGUUGGUUCAUAAAAGCCUCUUCGUCCCAAUCCCACAGCAAUACAGCUUACAUUAUCAUAAGUGUAUUGUGUAUUCUCAUGUGAUCAUGAGCUUUGGUGAGCAUAAUUCUGGUAAGAUUUCACUACCUCUAAGAAGAACAGUUCAGUUAAAAUGCUAACGGGGCAUUUAUCAUUAGCAGUGUUAGCAUUUGGAAUGUACUGCUUCUUUACAUGAUCACUCGUAGGGUAAAUUCACUUGUAUUCAGUUUGACUUGCAAUAGUGUGUGUUGGUAAAGUCGUUUAAAGUUUCAUCUGUUGUGUUUGUGCUGCUGUUUUGCAUGUUGCCUCUUCUUGCCCUCGAAGUAAAAUGUUAGAUGGUGAGAAAGGGCAUGUCCAUAAAUGUAAGGAAUAACCACAAAUGCUUUAAAUAAAAGUAUAAAGGUCUUAA